AUGCCGUACAUCACCGUCAAAGAUGGCACUGAGAUCUAUUACAAGGACUGGGGAAACAAAUCUGGCCAGAUAGUCACCUUUAGCCAUGGAUGGCCACUAAGCUCCGAUGAUUGGGAGAACCAGAUGUUCUUCCUUGCCAACAAAGGCUAUCGUGUGAUCGCUCAUGACCGUCGCGGUCAUGGGCGCUCAUCUCAACCCUGGGAAGGUAAUGACAUGAACACAUACACUGACGACCUCAAUGCUCUAUUUGAACAUCUUGACCUUCAGAAAGUCAUGAUGGUUGGCCACUCUACUGGUGGGUGCGAAGUUGCGAGAUUCAUAGGCCGGCACGGCACUAAGAGGGUGUCAAAAGCUGUGCUUGUUUCUGCGACCGCUCCAGGGCUACUCAAGACAAAGGACAACCCAAAUGGCGUCGAAAUGGAUGUCUUUGACUCCUUCCGAAGCUCCAUUGUUGAGGAUCGAGCUCAAUUUUUCAUUGACGUCCCAUCUGGACCGUUCUUUGGCUUUAACAGGGAUGGUGCGAAUGUCAGUCAAGGACUUAUCUGGAGCUGGUAUAAGCAGGGAAUGGCCACCAGUUUCAAGGGCGCGUAUGACUGCGUCAAAGCCUUUUCAGAGACAGACACAUGUGAGGACAUUAAGAAUGCAGAUAUUCCAAUCCUGGUUUUGCAUGGCACGGACGACCAAGUAGUGCCUAUCGAAGCGACGGGCCAUCGUUCAGCGAAGAUGGCGAAGAACGGAACACUUAAGGAGUUUCCGGGUGCUCCACAUGCACUGCCGACGAUCUGCGUUGACGAGGUCAAUCAGGCCUUGCUGGAAUUCCUGCAAUCGUAA